UUUUUGUUAUUGUAGUGGAAUAUACGCUAAGAAUGGCGGGAAAACUGACCGAAGAACAGAUGAACCUAUUAGAAGCCAUGAUCGGCUGUGGACCUAAGAGCUUUAAACUGCUUUACAGCAUCACAAGGGACGGCUGCAGUGCCACCGAAUUUCACCGGAAGUGUGACAAUCAAGGACCCACCGUGACGGUUCUCUACAACCCGCAGGGCUCUGUGUACGGUGGAUACGCGGGCCUUAGUUGGAAGACUGAUGGGGGUCACACCAAGGAUGACACCGCAUUUAUAUUCCGGUUAAUGUUCUCGGGAAAACGUGUUGUGAAUACAUUUAGACCAAAAGAUGCAUCAAAGGCGUUAUUCUUCAGUUUUUUGUACAGUGCAUUGUUUGGUUAUCCAGAUUUCCAACCAUUUUCAAACACGAUUUCAAUGGAUAAAGACGGAACAUUUCCUCUCAAUGGCACACUUGCAUUAGGGACUUAUUAUCAUAGUAACGGCGUUUCUAACGACGACAUCAACAACGGGAGUAUGGUUGUCUCGGAGAUGGAAGUGUACGCUGUUUCCGCAGAUGACCCUCGAACAUCAACGCCCAUGCAAACAACGUGGCGAAAAACACCAGCUCUCAAUGAAGAGUACUUGUCUAAGAUGACAGAAGAGCUUGCGGCAUUAACUCCACCAAAAGGAAGUGGAAUCACUGACUUCCGGUUGCUACUUGUUGGUCCGACUGGUGCGGGAAAAUCCAGUUUCAUUAAUACUGUCAUGUCAGCUUUUGCCGGUAGAGUAAUGCAGAAGUCCGCUGUCGGUGGCUCGGCCAGUGGCCUUACUAAUAAAGUGAGUUUCUUUUUAUCCAACCUUAUAUUUCUGCCAAUCAUCUCACUAGCGAAGUGCUUAAUAUGCCAUGUAUCGAAUGAACUUGACCGUGUCUCACUCUUCAGAGUUUAUUACUACUGUAACUCCAAGAAGAAUAUAACACCAGUUUCAAAUUUCCCGUCUGUACUAAAUCCGAGAAACAUAUUGUUUUAUUUUUAAAUUAACUAUUGAAAGUGAUUGAUAUUCUGGUUUUUGGAUCACUAAAUCUGAAUGACACUUUC